AAAACUUUUCCAUAACUGUUGAACUGUGUUGUUCUUCUGCAGCUACUGUGAAUGCAAUGAAUAAGUCUGCCUUGCUGACCAAUCUUGAUGAAAAUCAUCAAGGAAUUAUUGGGGGUGAAGAGAGCAUAACAAUAGCAGUUGAUGAUGGUAAACCUAGUGUGAAGAAACUAAUGGAAGAAGAGAUGUUUUGUGAGGAAGGCUUAAAGAAGCAGAUGGACAGUGCGGAACCAAAACAGUCUAAUUCAGAAUAUGGAGGCAAUAAAAGGAAAAACUGCAAAAGAACAAACAGAGGUGUGGAAAAAACUGGAACGGAAAAAACCCUUGGGUCAUCACCUGAAUCUCAGAGUAUCAUAAGAAACAAAGGGACAAAUGGAGUUGGUUGCUGCUUUUUUCUCACUGAAAUUAAAAGAAGAUUAAAACAAGCUAUAGGCAAAGAGCAGCAAGAGAUCGCUCCUGAUGGUGCUUCAAAGAGAUUUGCUAAUAAGUAUCGAGCAAGGGGUGAUAGUGACAAAAAAUAUAGAGAGAAUAAUGGAAGAAAUUCUCUUGGUAAGGACCACUUCUUUAAUGAAAAGAUUGCCAGGCCUCCAUCUGCUGUCAGAAAGGAAGAGAAGACUGACAUGUUGAAAGAAUGUGAAAUAGAUUUGGAGCGGGAAACUGCUGCUUACCCCAAGAAUAGAAUGGCUAACAUUUACGUGGAGGUCAAGAAGCAUCUCUCUGAUAUGCUUACCAGUGGCACAGGGGUUCAGAAUUUUUCGAGUGGACAGGUUCCAAAAUCUCUUGGGAGGAUUCUCUCCUUUCCUGAGUACAACUUUUCUCCUACUGGCAGUCCUGGAAGAGAGUGGGGGCAAGGCCUUGUUACUGCACAGAUGAGGUUUUCUAGCAAUAACGAGUUUCAGAAACAUGAAAGUAAUGGUGGCCAUCGCGGUCGAAUGACACUAAACUCAGAAACUGACUUGUGUGUUUCUAAUGACCCUGCUUAUAGUCAAGCAGUAACAUCUGCAAACCCAAAUUCAAGUUCUCCUUGUGAACUUGCCCAGGAUAAUGAAGUUGAUAAAAUCUUGUGCACUAUUGGAGAUACUGACAUGUUGAAAGAAUGUGAAAUAGAUUUGGAGCGGGAAACUGCUGCUUACCCCAAGAAUAGAAUGGCUAACAUUUACGUGGAGGCCAAGAUCUCCUUUCCUGAGUACAACUUUUCUCCUACUGGCUCUCCUGGAAGAGAGUGGGGGCAAGGCUUUGUUACUGCACAGAUGAGGUUUUCUAACAAUAACGAGUUUCAGAAACAUGAAAGUAAUGGUGGCCAUCGUGGUCGAAUGACACUAAACUCAGAAACUGACUUGUGUGUUUCUAAUGACCCUGCUUAUAGUCAAGCAGUAACAUCUGCAAACCCAAAUUCAAGUUCUCCUUGUGAACUUGCCCAGGAUAAUGAAGUUGAUAAAAUAUUGUGCACUAUUGGAGAUACUUCAGGAGGUGAUGUGGAUAUUGUAAAAUCAGCUGAAAUUGGAGUACAAGAAGACUGCAAUAUCUCGGAUACUCUUUCUGAACCAAUCAACUCUUCUAGGACUGGAGAUGACCAAAAUGGUGACGUAUCUGAAGCUUGUGAUGGAAAAACAUUUUCUCGCUGCUCAAAACAUGAUUUAAAUGAAGAAAACCAACUUCCACUUUCUGCAUUAACAUCCCCAUCCACCUCUCCAAUCACCAAGAACGAUAACAAUCUAGAAGGUGUUGUAGAAGUAUCAGAGCGGCCAAGUCCUGUAUCUGUUCUUGAGCCACUUUUCACAGAGGAGGUAGAGUUCUUUCCGAACCAAUUUUGCUAUGACAAGAAACUUCUCUUUGAUUGUGUUGAUGAGGUUCUCAAGGACGUAUAUGGGAAGAAUUUUGGUUGCCCCCUUGGGUUAUCAUUCGCAAAACCUACUGUCCGGCCUGCUCCAGACAUGAAAAAUCCUAUUCACGAGAUAUGGGAAGGAGUGUAUCGGUAUCUCCUCCCAUUGCCACUGCCCUGUACAAAAGAGCUGAUAGUCGAGAAAGAUAUGGCUAAAACUGGAACAUGGAUGGACCUUCGAUAUGAUAGUGAAACUAUCAUCACUGAGAUUGGGGAAGCCAUUUUCAAAGAUCUGAUGGAAGAAAUUAUUGAAGAUAUCAAAAACAGCCACCAACACAUGGUCAUUCGUUGACCAAGCUUAUUACCAUCUUCUUUUUAUUUAUUUGUUAGCUAAUGGCUUAGUAGUCUACCGAAUUAUUAGCUAGCUUUAGUUACCUAAUCGUUUUGCUGUUACCGAUUCUUUAGUUGAUAGUAAAUCUGUUUUGCUACGUUCCUAUGACUCAAUAAAAUGUUG